UAUUAGAUUUUUAUGUAACGAAAAUGUAAACAUUGAUUUCGCGCGAAACGCAAGUGUCAAUCAAAUUAUGUUGUAUACGAAACGUAAGCUAUAUGUUGGAUCGUUUUAAUGGGAAUUCAAGGCCUUUUAAAGUUUAUAAAAGAUGCCACGGAAGAUAUACACAUUCGGGAAUAUGCAAACCAAACGGUUGCGGUCGAUACUUACUGUUGGUUGCAUAGAGGAUCGUUUGCGUGCGCAGAAAAACUCGCGAAAAAAGAAAAGACGGAUCAGUACGUAAAGUACUGCAUGAAGUACCUGGAUAUGCUCCAAGUACAUAAGGUAAAACCAAUCUUAGUUUUCGAUGGUUGUCGACUGCCUUCUAAAGAACUUGUUGAGCAGCAAAGACAUAAACGCAGAAAAGAGAAUCUCGAAAAAGGCAAACAAUAUUUGAGAGAAGGUAAACUUUCCCAGGCUAGAGAUUGUUUUACUAAAUGUAUCAGUGUGACACCUGCCAUGGCACUUGAUGUUAUGCAGGCGGCACGGAGCCGUGGCAUCGAUUGUAUCGUGGCACCAUAUGAAGCUGACGCACAACUUGCAUUUUUAUCCAAGAAAGGAAUUGCUCAAGCAAUUAUCACCGAGGACUCGGAUUUGUUGUGCUUUGGUUGUAACAACGUUGUUUUUAAAAUGGAUGUGUUGGGAAGAGGUCAACAAGUGAAGAUGGAACAUUUGGGAAGAGUGAAGAAUCUGGUCGGAUUUACACCCGAGUUGUUCCGACAUAUGUGUAUAUUGUCAGGCUGUGAUUAUUUACCAAGCAUUAAGGGUGUUGGGCUUGUUAAAGCUUGCAAAGCACUCAAGUUAUCAAAAAGCAAAGAUGCAUACCAAGUAGCAAGGAAAUUGAACCAGUACAUUAAAAGUGUUGGACCAAUUGAUCCAUCGUAUGGGGCUGAUUUUGAGCGUGCGGAUAAGACAUUUUUAUACCAACUUGUGUUUGACCCUAGUAAGCGUGAACUUAUACCUUUGAAUGAAUACCCACCUGGUGUGACUGUGGAUGAUCUAAACUUUGCAGGUGCCAUGUUUAAUAAAGCAGAAGCAUUUCAACUUGCUAUCGGUAAUGUGGAUGUAAAUACAAAACUUCGAAUUGGUUUCUUUGAUGUUGAUGAAUGGAUAUCUAGUCGGAAAUCUACUUCCCCAAGUAUUUGGAGCAGUAAAAAUAACUCCCACAAGGCAGUGAGCAAUGCAGACACUGUAUUUAUUGAACAAGUUUCAGAGAAACCAACAAAACAGAUGAACAAGCCACAAAAAGAAGAGGGACUUGUUCUUACUGCAGAAGAUAUUUUGGAAGGGGUUUUAAAAAAUGAGCCGGACACAGAAGAUUUUAAAGAGAAGAAGGUAAAGUUAAAACCCAAGAUGGAACCAAGUAUUAGUCUGAGAAGUCAAAUUGAAAAUGACCUGAUUAAUAGUUACAAGCCAACAAAACGAAAUAAAAAAAAUAUUGGUUUGAGAAGAAGUCCAAGAAAAAUUGGACAAAUUGUAAAAAGUCGUUUUUUUGUCCCAACUUCCUCCUCACCCAAGAUGAAAUUUGCGGAAGUAAAAUCUGAAAGUGAAAACGUGUUGAACGGUGAUGAGAUGUUCACUGACCAAGAAACUGAAGGUUUCUCUAUGGCUGAUGUAACCCCAGAUAAAGUAUUGGAUGAUAUUUUAUCUGAAAUGUCAAGUGAGGUUGGGAAACCAGUGGAUCUUCCCAUUUCUCCUGAGAGUAGUGGGUUAAAUCCUUUUAGUAAAAAUUUGAAUUCCAGUUUAAAACGGAAUAGAUCUUCACUAAAUAGCAGCGAUGAAGGAUUAAGAGUGUUUACGGGGAAAAAACGUAAAAAAAUUAUAAUUCCCAAUAUUGAGGCCAGUCCUGGUUUAAAUGAAGAAGUUGCAAGUUUAGAGAUAAGUUCUGGUGAUGUAGAGAGAACUACUGAUUCAAUUAACGAAGGAAUUCCUAUAUUAGAUGAUAAAAUCAAACUCACAGAUAAAGUAAAUAUAAAAGAAGAAACCACUGAUCAUCAAAGUGAAGAUUUAGAAUCCAUACCUAUCCUAGAUAUACCUCGUGCACCGUUAUCAUUGUUAGAAGAUGGUAACGGUAGUUCUGCUGCAAACAAAGAUAAACAAGUUGUGUGUUUAUCGUGUAAUACUGAUGAGGAAGCUUUUGUUCAAAAAGUUCCUGUCAGAAAAACUUUGGGAAUUCGCAGAAGUGUUGUUGAACCAAAAAAUAAAACUGUUUCUAAAUAUUUUGGUUCUCAAAAAAAAGUGGGUUUAAAAAAAACUAAUCCUAAAAAAUCGAAAUCUCAGAAAAGUAUUACAAACUUUUUUAAUAAAUCGUAAUAGUUUUACUCUUUAUGACUUUUUACAACGUUUUAAUAGAAACAAUAUUUUAUAAUUUUUCUUUUUCAUGGUAAAACGGUUUAAACCUUAACAUUGUUACUGCUCUACUGUUUGGUGCUUUGAGAUGUGCAUAAUACCUGCCAAGUUUUAAUGGUUUCAUGACAUACUUUCCUACUUUGAAUAAAAAAAACUCGCUUUGUAAUA